AUGGAGGCCGUCUCUGGAGCAGGCUACAGCUCUGCAGCUCGCGUGCGCAGGAUCUUGGAAGGUGGCCUCAUCGACAGAUGGAACAGGAUGCAAGAGGAGAAUGGCCUCCACGGAUGGGGGGUCCAGGUUGACGAUGUCAUCGUCGGCAUGAACGGGCAACGCGAGUUCUCAACAAGCAGCCUGGAAUUUCAGACCGCCACCGAGCUCAACCUGCUGGUCAUGCGGGGAAUGCCUACUAUAGAAGCCUAA